GUCACACACUGUGUCAUGUUUAACAAACCUGUUCAGAACAGAAGAAACCUGCAACUGCUUCAACGGUUCGGGCGGAUCACGCCGUUUGAAGAGCGACACAUUCAAAACCCACUAAGUAUCCGGUGCGAAGCCUACGUUCUAACUCGGACUGACAAAAAUAUAUAAAGGGCCUAAUACCUGCCAUCACUCACUACGGCUUCACAUCCUUCUUCACCUUAGAUAUCCACAAUGGCUACUCGCGCUCUUGUCUCUCAAUACGUUCAGGAUGUCAAGGAGCUCGACUCCUACCUCACAGGAUCUCCCAUAACCAUCACUGGGUCUUCCUUGACUCUUGCUCAAAUUGCUGCUAUUGCGCUCUACCCACCUUCUUCUUGCAGUGAUCCAGUUAAAAUUCAACUUACUGAUGAUCAACUUGUCAAAGAAAAAGUAUCUGCCUCUCGUGGUGUCAUUCAAAGUAAGGUCGAAGCAGGCAUUAGUGUUUAUGGUGUCAGCACUGGUUUUGGCGGCAGCGCAGACACAAGGACAGAUGACCCUAUUGCACUCGGCGCUGCUCUCCUCCAGCACCAACAUGCCGGCGUCAUUCUCCCUACUUACGCACCGAGUUCCUCUACUGCUAUCCCCACUUUAUCUUCUUUGGAUAGCAACGCCCUUCCUUCUCCCGCACCUCUCUCCGAUCCCUUCACCAGCACUACGAUGCCACCCCCUUGGACACGUGCUGCUCUCCUUAUUCGCGCUAACAGUCUCAUGCGCGGACACAGCGGUGUCCGCUGGGAACUUGCCGAGAAAAUGGCAGAGCUCCUUAAUAAAGGUGUUACCCCACUCGUUCCUAUGAGAGGCAGCGUCAGUUCCAGUGGAGACCUAUCCUCUCUUUCCUACAUUGCUGGGACACUCAUCGGAAACCCCGCUAUCAGGGCUUGGGUUCCCUUGCCACGCCCCUCUUCAGCCAUCUCCAGCACUUCCUCAACCCCAUUGUCAACUGAAGCAUCUUCGUCACAAUCAUCACCCGAUUUGUCUCCCUUCUCUGCGUCUAUCCCUCUCUCACCCUCAGUCGAUACCUUUAAGAUACCCACAGAUACUCUCAACUAUGGAUCAUACUCCCUCCUUCCUGCACCACAGGCCUUGCAGGUCGCUGGCAUCACCCCCCUCCCGCUCUCAAGUAAGGAGCAUUUGGGGAUCCUUAAUGGCACAGCAUUUAGUGCGGCUGUAGGUGCGUUAGUUGUGAGAGGUGCACGGGGGAUGAGCGUGUUAGGUGCUGUUCUAACGGCCAUGUCCGUUGAAGCGAUGCUUGGCGCAAGGGGCAGUUUUGAUCCCUUCGUUAGUGAAGCAAGACCGCACAUUGGGCAGAUUCAUUCCGCGCGUCUCAUGCACGCUCUGCUCGCCGGAUCUUCCUUUGCAAAUGAACAUGAGGUAGAAGUCAAGAUUGAGGAUGAUGAUGGAGUGUUGAGGCAGGAUCGUUACUCUCUCCGUACAGCCCCCCAAUGGCUCGGUCCUCAAUUUGAGGAUCUCGCAAAUGCAGCACAAGUAGUCACAAUUGAGGUCAACUCCACCACCGAUAACCCUCUCAUCGAACCCCCUUCUGCGUCGAACAACCAGACCGGACAGAUUCACCACGCAGGCAACUUCCAAGCGCUUGCGCUGACAAACGCGAUGGACCACGUCCGUCUCAGCCUCGCCCACAUCGGGAAGCUGAUGUUUGUGCAGCUUACGGAGAUAGUGAACCCAGCAAUGAACCGGGGCUUGUUCCCCAAUUUGGCAGGUGGAGAGGUUGGAUUGGAUUUCGCGUUCAAGGGUGUUGAUAUCGCAGCUGCGUCAUAUGUGGGCGAGUUAAAUGUGCUUGGUGGAAUGAACGUGGGCGUGGGCAAUGUAAGCGCUGAGAUGCACAAUCAGAGCGUGAAUUCACUCGCACUCAUCUCAGCACGGUACACCCUCACUGCACUUGAAGUGUCCACUCUUCUUGCCGCCUCACAGCUCCUCGUGAUAUGCCAGGCGUUUGAUCUUCGCGCACUCAACGAGGAGCUGCGCGAAGCGCUCCCAGGACUCCUCCGCUCAUCUCUCCUUGAUGCGUUCCCUUCGCUCACUGAUACCACCACAAAUGCCUCCAUUGUAGUAGCUCUCAUCCCAGCGCUGACAGAGGCACUCGAACACACGACAACGCUCGAGACAAAAGUACGAAUGUACAAGGUUGCAAGCGCAUGCGUGGUGCCGCUCGUGACGGCCCUCUCAACCUCUUCAGUGCAUGGCGUAGAGUUGAGCGCACUCCCGGUGUUCAUUGCAUCCGUUGCCACAGGGCUAGUGAACAAGUUGACGGAAUUGCGGUGCGCGUAUUUGGGCGUACAGCCGUUCGCGGUGCGCGGUGCAAGCCCGAGUGCUGAGAAGACAGAGGUAGCAUGGCGCGGGCCCGCCCCAGCCAGCAAGUACCUCGCGCCACGGACGCGUGCACUCUACGAAUUUGUGAGGGUGACACUCGGCGUGCGAAUGCACGGGGCUGGGAAUCUAAGGGGGGAUGUGUUUGGGAUGCGGGAAGGCCUAGAGGGUGGGGAUGGGACGAUUGGGAAUGGAGUUUCGGUCAUUUGUGAGGCGAUUAGGGAUGGAAGGGUCGGACGGGUUGUGGUGGGGAUGCUUGAGGGAAUCGAGGGCUUGUGAAGAGCUUUCGCAGUCCUUUCUCCAUGAAGGCUGGCCUCCACGUACUCACAGUCCGAGCAGAUUCGGAGAGGUGGUCGAUGCCUAUAGUAUCGUCAUCCUCCUACAUUUAUUUGUUCUACAUUCAUGAGACCUUAUUCAUCAUGGACAUCCCUUAUUCCCUUGCAUAUAUACUAGCCUUCACACAUUUCUCUUCUACACCUUCAAAGAUUCCCUAUCUAAAUCAUGUAUAACAGGCCUCUUGAAUAGAAUUAGGAUACUCCAUGUCUAAUAGCGUUUGUUGACGUGUUAAUGACACUGAAUUCUUGAACUUCA